AUGGGUAAGAGUUUAGAGCUGAUAGAUGUUAUGCGUAGAAGAAGGAUUAAUGUUGCAUGUAUUCAAGAAACAAGAUGGAAGGAUCACAAAGCCAAGGCAUUAGAUGACUUUAAAUUAUGGUACUUGGGAGGCGAAAGAGGGAGAGGUGGAGUGGGCAUAGUUGUGGACAAAGACCUUAAGAAUGAAGUAGUGGAUGUUAAAAGAAUUGGCGAUAGGAUCCUAUCUAUCAAGCUGGUGGUAGUCAACGAGGUCAUCAACAUAGUUAGCGUGUAUGCGUCGCAAGCAGGACUAGAUGACAGUGUUAAAUUACAAUUUUGGGAACACAUGGAUGGUUUAGUGCAAGAGUUUGGUCAGGGUGAGAAAAUUAUUAUUGGAGGUGACCUUAAUGGACAUGUGGGCAGAGAACGUAGAGGGUAUGAAGAAGUUCAUGGAGGGUAUCGAGUUGGAGAGAGGAAUGAAGAGGGGACAUCAGUGCUUGACUUUGCGAUAGCAUAUGAUAUGUGCAUUGCAAAUACCUUUUUUAAAAAGAGAGAUGAACAUUUAAUUACCUACAAGAGUGGGCAGCAUGCAAGCCAAAUAGAUUUCUUCCUAAUCAGAAGGUCUGACAGAUUAUUAUGUAAGGAUUGUAAGGUCAUACCGGGAGAGUGCUUAACCCAACAUAGACUGGUGGUCUUGGAUAUGUACCUUGGUACGAGACACCGUAAGAAGGCGAAACAAGUUUGUCCUAAAAUAAGAUGGGGCCGGUUACAAGGAGCUCUCCUAGAAUCAUUUACCGAGAAAAUGGCCUUGCAAGGGAGGUGGGAUUUUGAAGGAGAUAUAAACGAGAUGUGGAUUAAUAUGACGACAUGUAUCAAGAAGGUUGCUAAGGAAGUACUUGGGAUUUCUAAAGGAUAUUCAUCAUGA